AUGGCCAGAGCAAAGGCAGCACUGACUGAGUCCAAGUCGAAGACCAACUCCAACGCUCCCGUGUCUGUCGAUAUGCCCAAGGCGAAAGCUACCAAGAAAGGCACCCGUGGAGACGGUGGCAAGAAGAAGAAAGAUCCUAACGCGCCAAAGCGGGGUCUCUCAGCCUAUAUGUUCUUCGCCAAUGAUCAGCGUGAUACCGUUCGUGAGGAAAACCCUGGUAUCAGCUUCGGCCAAGUUGGGAAAGUCCUCGGUGACAAAUGGAAGGCCUUGAGCGCGAAGGAUCGCAAGCCAUAUGAGGACAAGGCAACAGAGGACAAAAAGCGCUAUGAAACUGAGAAGCUUGCUUACCAAAAUAAAGACGAAGAUGAGGAGGAAUCGUCCUAG